AGGGCGUUGCACUGUGGGUGGCCAGUUCCCCAAGAAGGCGAUGGACAAGAUGGGACGUGUAGGGCACUCUGACAUGGGUGGAGUGGCCAUGUGGCCUCGACGGGUCUAUACCCACAAGAAAAGGGCUGGUGAGAGGCUCAACCUCACCCCAAAGCCGGACCUAGCCCUCCCUGGGAAGACAGAGGCGCCGCCAGGUCUGAAGGGAAAGGGCAAAGAGCAGGGAUUGCGGAAGAUUACUGAAAACGAAGAAUUGAGCAGACCCAGAGGUAGCAGCUCACAGCUGCCAAGUCAGUUAAGUGUUACAGGAGGGGAAAGCCUGCGAGAAAAUAGUCCUGGCAAGGAGACCUCAGAUAAGAAGAUAACUCCACUGAGAUCAGUGACUAAUGACUUCAAGAUUGACAGUUGUUCAUCAAGUAGUGAACUAGUUUCAGGGCUAACUGUGGAGCCUGAUAUUUCCAGUUGUCCCUUGAGUUGUUCAGACAUAGACUCAUAUUCAAAGAGUCCUGAAGAGAGUAGAAGUAGUAGCUUCUCAUCACCUGAGAUCUUCAGAGGAUCAGAUUACUUGGAUUGGGAGCAUCCCAAGUUGGAAGAAUAUAAGACCUGCAAGAAUUCCACUCUUCUAGACACCAGUAAAGCAGUAGCUGUAGAGAAGGUACCACAGCUUGCAAACCUCUCAGCAAUUCUGAGUUCUUCUUCAGAAAACUAUGAGAAAUGCCAUAGAAAAAUAGGAAUGACAUUAGAAGCCCCACAUAUUUCUCCAGAACCAAAGUCUACUUCAAAUUUAACAUCAGUUGUAGAAAAUGAAAUGUCUGAGGUUAUAUUUGCUGAGCAAACUGGCCCUCCAACCACCAAAAAAACAAGGAAAAAACCUGAAAAAGAAUCUGAAGAUAGAGGUCCACAAGUUCAAACAAAGUUAAGCUCUGGCCAUCUAGACAGCAAGACUCCAUUCCCCUAUCAUAGUUCAGCUCUUGAAAGUCUGGCAGUCAGGGAUGCUCUGCUGCCUCAAUCCCCGGAACCUAUGUCAAAAAAAAGUUCUACUCCUCCUGAUAAGCGAAGCAAAGCCCUGUUUACAAGUACACCAUCUUCAGACACAGCUGACUUUGUGAUUGAUUUAUCUCCAGUGCAAAAUGUAUCUUUUGAAGAACUAUUUCCAAAUGUCAGCAAUUAUGUUAACUCAAGUGAAGUUGUCCCUGUGUCAAGUUGGCAAGAAAGUUCUUCAAAUGAGUUUCCUUCAUAUGCAUCAGAGAUAUGCUGUAUUAUUCGGGCAUCACCAGGAACUAGACAGAUGAGAAGUAAAGAUAUUGCUGUGAAGAAAAUGUAUUCUCCUCCUAAAGAUGUUCCUCCAGAUAUUAUAAUGAAGACAAAUGGCAGAACAUAACAGCUGUGGCUGAAUUUUCACUGCAUGAAGAUGUGAGUGUGAAGUGAAAAAGUCCAUAUAAGCAGAAUAUCUGCCUGGAAUUAUAUAAAGUUAAAAAUUCUCCUAUUGUUUAUGAUAAAUUGUGUAGGAAUCUGCUAAUGUUCUUG